GGUCUUGUGGGAUUUUAAUCGUGGCUCCACCCAUAAUUGAUUUUUUUCCCCUUGUUUCUAAUAAAAUUUUCUUCUUGAUCUGGGGGUUUCAGAAUUUGGCUAUGAUAUUUUUGUAGAUUUUCCUCACAGAAUCUCUUUUAGAUAGUAAUCAGAAGUUUUUUUUUGCCAUUUCAUUUUUUCCUUCUGCCCUGGAAAUCCAAACCCUCCUGUAAGUGUUUACAGCAGCAGUAUUCCUGCCCCACUGAGUGUGUGCUGGUUCCUUCUCAAAUAGAACCAAGUCUCAGUAAGACAGCUGGGCCUUUUUUUUUUUUUUUUUUUUCUUCCCCCGGAAAGCUUCGGUUUCCCGGGAGAUUUCAGGCGGUGCAGUCGAGGCUGGGGGCCAUGGCCAGAGGCAAGAAGAUGUCCAAGACGCGCGCGGAGGAGGCGGCGGCAGCGGCGACCCCGCCCGGAGGAACAGCGGCCCCCGUUCCGGAUCCGGAGACUAUGGACCGGAGGAACCCAGCGCGGCCCAGGACCAACGGGGAGAAUGUAUUUAUGGGCCAGUCAAGGAUCUAUUCCUACAUGAGCUCCCACAGAUCCUCUGGAACUUGUCCUCCAUUCCAGGAGGAAAAUUCUGUUGCACAUCAUGACGUCAAAUGCCAGGGGAAAGCCUUAACGGAAUUGCACAAGAAAGGAGAGGAGAAAAGGACUGGCGACAACGCAUCAGCGAGCACUAUGGAAUCAGAAGAGCAGAAAAGCAGAGAAUUGAGGAGGGAUUUUCUGGAGCCCCUUCCCAACCACAGAUCCAUAGCUGCAGGAAACCCCAAAUCCAUGGCGCUGCCCGCCAACGCUGCUGAUGCCGCCGGCGUGAAGCACGCCCUGAAGAACCCCCCCCAAACCAAACAGGCCUCAAGGAGAAAAGCUCAGGGAAAAACGCAACAGAAUCGCAAAGUCACUGACUAUUAUCCCGUGAGACGGAGCUCCCGAAAAAGCAAAGCCGAGCUACAGUCGGAAGAAAAGAGAAGACUUGACGAACUGAUUGAAAGCGGAAAGGAAGAAGGCAUGAAGAUCGAUAUCAUCGAUGGCAAAGGCAGAGGAGUGAUCGCCACUAAACAGUUUACAAGAGGGGAGUUUGUGGUAGAGUAUCACGGGGACCUCAUUGAGAACACUGACGCCAAAAAACGCGAGGCUCUCUAUGCUCAGGAUCCUUCCACAGGCUGCUACAUGUACUAUUUUCAGUACCUGAGCAAAACCUACUGUGUGGAUGCCACUCGAGAAACAGAUCGUCUCGGAAGACUGAUCAAUCACAGCAAGUGGGGUAACUGCCAAACCAAACUCCACGACAUUGACGGCGUGCCUCACCUCAUCCUCAUCGCCUCCAGGGACAUCAAAGCCGGCGAAGAGCUGCUGUAUGACUAUGGUGAUCGCAGCAAAGCUUCCCUGGAAGCCCACCCGUGGCUCAAACACUGAUCCGUGCUUCGCUGGACAAAGUCCCCUCGAAGGGAAUUAGUUGUUUUUUUUUGGGGGGGAGGGAUGGUUUACAUUUAAUCUUAGUGGAUUAUUUCUGAUGUUUUUAAAUCUAUUAAAAUGCCUUUUCACUGUAGUAUUAAAAAAAAAAAUAAACAAUUUGCUACAGGUUCCCUCCCCGGCAGGCUUGCGCAGAUGGCCUUAGGUUACCAAAACCUUUUCUAUUUCUAGUUAUUUUGUAUGUUUUUGCGAACAGACAAAUCUGGGCUCCCCAUGCAUGCAGUCAAAGACUUGGUGCAGGUUUUAUAGGGAGAUGAAAAUCUGAAUUGUGGACAUGAGCAGUCCCACUGCCUCUAGCUACAUAGUAAUGACUUUCUACAUCCCUAACUUUAGGGAGCAGAUCAGGACAGAACAUGCCUAAUUUCUCUCCUGUUCUCUAAUUUCUUGUCCUAAUAAUGACUUGACAGGUGUACAUAUAUAUAAUAUAUAUAUUUUUAAUGUUUCAUAACAGGCCAGUUCCUUCCCCUUCCCAGCCUUUUUGCUUUUGAAAGCUUCUGUCCCUGCAACACCCCCACUGCUCAUCACUGCUCUUCUCAGGCUGCCCCAUCAGAAGUCCCAACACCCCUGCCAUCCCCCAUCCGCCAGCUGCAUACCCAGCCAGAUCUGGGAGGCAAGAAGUCUCUGAAUUUCAUUCCCAUUUCCCCUCCCAGAGCAGGGCUUCCUAUACCAGGGCUUAAUUCUGUCUAGAAAUGUGAACACUGAAUGUAUUCAACAAUAACUACUUAGAUGUAUAGAAGUUAAGUGAGUCAAGUUGCUGAGUUCUUGUAGAAGAAAUUAAGAUGGUACUUUAUUCUGUUUGAAAAUAGAGUUCUUUAGAGGGACCAGAAAUCUUCCCAUCUUUCUUUUCUCUAGCACCCCUACAUCCCUAGUUUUUGUAUGUAUUGGAUUUUUGUUUUGUUUUGUUUUGGUUUCUUUUCUUUUUUUUUUCUUUUUGGUUUGAUUUUGGUUUUUUCUUUAAUUUUCUGGGUAGAAUCAACAAGAUUUGCUGCCACAUUAUAUCAGGCAACCUGGUGGUUUUCCUGAACAUACAGCUAUGAAUUCAAAUAA